UGAACGUUUAAUCAAUCGAUCACGUACUUCGUGAAACGCAUAGGAAAAAUAGCACCCGUGAAUAGAUUUGUAAAGGCGGCAGGUGAUAUCGAGUUAUGACGCAAUUUUUAGCCCGUUAUUCGUGAGUACCACCCCCGUGAGCGAAGUCUUUCAACCGUCACCUGGUCACAACCGAAUCUCACUGACAGAUUCAAUCAUUCACAAGUAAGCAGAAGAUUGUAAGCAGAAGGUCAAAGAGUCGUGCAUGAUGAGCCGCUAAGAAUAGUAGGACUAAAUUCAUUUUGGAUCUCGGUGCCCUAGGGAACAAUUUAAAUACCGGUCGUAGCGCUUGGCACCAAAGAGCCGGAAGAUCGGAAGAUUGUUGAAGGCGCGCAAUUUGCGACAGAGGUCUUCUAGGCAUUCAUGACUAUUCUGAACAGAAUGGCGCGCCGAAGGAGUGCUCUACCAGUGAUUUCCGAGCCAAUGUUGGAUCCAAAACGCCUAGAGGCCUUGCUGGAAGAUGAAUCGAGACGAAGGAACUCUACCAACUCAAUGCAUUUGGUAGGUAACUCUUACUUUAAAUAAAGCCACGUUCGGCAUUUGCAAAGCCGAAAUAGAAUCAUGCAGCUGUCACGACCGUCAUUUUGUCGUCUAAAAACAACAAGCAUCAGUUUUCAUACGCCAUUCAAUUACAUUCCUUGAUUUUUUGAAACACUUCCGAUGUUUAUUAUCUUUUGCGCAAUAAUUUUGCUGACAUAAGACUCCAAGGAUUAAGUUCUUAAUCAUUUUCCAUGAAGCCUUGGCUCUCGAACUUUGCUUAGUAGGUGCUAAUUAACUUUAAUUGUUUUUAUUCAUAUCAUGUCUAUAGCUUUGGUUAAAGAGCGUGAUUCUUUUCAAGCUUAUCACAGAAAUUGUGCAUUCAAGAAUACCUGUAUCCUCUGUUAAAAAGCGUCUUGUAGGAUGAUUCAAACAAAGUUAGGUGAAGCUAAAUCUGUGAUAAGUAUGGCCAUACGUUUCGCAUGAGGAGCAGAGAAUGGUUUGAAAUAGAGAACUCACGAAAAACACUUAUCCAAAACUGAACUAAUCUUGCGUAAGAAGGCCUCGGAAUUUGUUCGUUUGGGUGUUAAAUGAUUAUAAAAGAUCAACUGAACAUACCAAACUAGAAAGAGUUAAAGGUUGUCUAAAAAUAGUCUAAGCGUAGCGGGAGGUGUAGUUUCGCUUAAUGCCAUACUCUGUGUGUAGUUCCGUUUCAUUUUUCCUGUCUUGUGUCAUUUCAAGUGCUUUGCAAAUAUGGAAACAGAAGAAUGCUGUAUAAGUCUUAUGCAUUUAUCCACACAACCGGAUUUGCGUACAGCCUUCCAACACAGCCGAACUGUUUCUACCAGCAAUGGUGAAAGAGUCGAGGCAGCUUCGGUGUAAAUUGAUAAUAAUCCAUUUGUCGCACAAACUGCACGAAUAUCAGUAACUUACGCGUCGCUCAGUGAGGUAAACCGCCAAAAAGAUUAACAAUGCAUCAAUCUGGCCUUUGAGAGCAGUUUUACCGGCAUAAUUGUUCCACACUGUCUUCGUGACCAUAGGCCUGUUUAAAUACAGUCAGUUCCAGAAAAUUCGUUCCCUGCAUGACAAGAAGGCGUGCUAUACGUUUACAAUGGCACUCCAAACCUGAACAUGUUUCAACCCACUAGCUAUAAGUUUUUGUAUUAGUGACAACCUCUGUUUUGGUUGAAAAGGUCUAAUACUUCAUCCUUAAAACUUUACUAAUAUUUAUGACUGAAGAAAUACCUUGCCGUAGCUCUAAUAUAUUCCCUGAGUUGAGUUAUUUAAGAGACAAACAGAUUUUGGUAUCUAAUGGAAACCUGUGCGGGGGCAGAUGUUUUUAAAACUGAGUAAAUCUAGAAUAUUGGCUCGAUUAAACCCUUUGUGUAUGUAACUGAUUGUUAUGUAGAUGUCAAUUUUAUAAAUGAUUAUCAGCUGCACAACACUGAUUGAUUUUGCCUCAGGAAUCUAUAUAAUUUCUAAUUGAAUGCAGAGGACUCAUUUACAAAAAUUUAAAAACCGGUGAGCAUGCAUUUUUUGUGUUAAUUGUUAAUCCUGCAUAUAUCUAAUAAAACGGCUUUGUUGAUCUCUCGACGAAAAUGCACGAAACUAAUAAGAAAACUUCAAAGCUAAUGGUUGUCUUCAGUUCGCAAAGGUCUGCGCUUGAAUUCCGUUUCAAUUUUAAGCUAAGUGGAGCCCAACACUUAUGGAAAAUAGUAUGUCAACAGGCAGUUCUGCGUCGGCGAUCGUCGACGAAAAUUAAAGCUGCUGAUUUGAUGUCAGGAACGAGCCGAAGGGCUUCGAGAUUCUUCAUUGCAUUCCAAAUCCUAAAGAAUUUUAGAUUGAAAAAAAAACUUCCAAAUUAAAAGCGCAUGUUCUUGAAUUCACCGAAUUUAACGCCAAUGUGUGUUGUUGUUUACAAAGUUGAUAGAACAUACAAUGGUUAGCUUUGAAUGGAAGUACUUAACGCACUCUUGAUAUACAUUCUUACUUUCCGUAAACUGAAAAGAUAAUGAUGUGAAUAAUACGCCAGCUUUGCACUCCACUGAUCUCGCUCGUUUCCCUUUGUGGUUUUUACAAAAGAAUAUAUUGACCAUUGUAAUCAGUGAAAGCUUUUAUAUAAAACAAUCGAAUAUCGGACCUUGCGUCAUUAUAGAAAGCGGGAAGUAGGCGGAGAUCAUGAUAAUUUAGGUACGAAACAAAUCAAAAUGUUUUGUGCGCGAUCUUAUUUAAAAUGCUUUCGCUGGAUUGUAGAAAUUUUUGGUUAUAGAAAACGGGAAGUAGGCGGAGAUCAUGAUAAUUUAGGCAAAAUUCAGAAGGUCUGGGUUCCAGUCCCGGUUAUUUCGUUGUGUUCUUUGAAAAGACGAUUUACCGGUUACCCGCACAAUGCUGUGAGCUUCGAGGAACAGAUAAUGUCCACGAGCAUAUUUUCGCGCCAAAUCGAGGCUACUGUUUAUAUAAAAGGCUUAAGAAAGGAAAAAAAAAAGAUCUUACAGUACAACCGUAAUCAAGAUGGUUUCAAAAUGGUUGACGAAGGAUGAAUAAUCGUUAUUUUAAUUUGAUGAAUUCUAAUGUACACAUUAGGCUGACGAAAGAAUAACAAUGCAGAUUUGUUUUUCACAAAGCCUGACUCAAUCAAAUCUCAGAGGUGACCAAUAAGCAACUUCUCUUUACAAUAUCACCAAAUUAUAUUGCAACCAGGUAAUAAGAAGUAACAAAAUUAUCAGCAAGAGUGUUUUUCUUGAUGUAACCUAAGCACAUGUUAAUCUUGAUGAAAUCGUAAGGCGACUUGGAGCUGAGAAUUAGGAGUCAGAUUUUGAAAUUAAACUUAGAACUAAACAGGCGUUUUCCUAAAAACAAUUUGGGCUUUCCCUAAAUGAAAUGCAUCUGAUCUCCAUAAAAUUUGUAUCUAGUACCAGAAGAAAUGUAAACACUCCCGACAGCAAGACAUUGAAUUAAUCAAUUUACCAGAAAGUUCGUAAAAGUACGGAACACUCGAGAGAUCGAAUAAAGUCAAAUUUUAAAGCAAGCUCUGACGAGUAAAGAAUUUUGACUGAUUGCCCACUUUAUUGAAUACAGCUUCACCAGUAGGUUAACUAUUGAAGUUGGAAAAUAAUGAUUAAUAUAAACGCAACCGGCAAAACACAGGUGUUUCUUAUAAGAAUUAAUUUGCAUACGUGCCAAAGUUUGAAAACAUGACAAUAAAAUGCGCUUUUAAGAAGCCAGUUAAAAGACAGGACAUCUAAUUCAGGCGACUGUUCCUUUUCGAAGAGAAAACGAAUUCGCGUAAACAAUCAAGUUGGUUUUUAAGCAUGGGCGAAUCCUAGCCGAAAGACAUCACAAAUGUUCCUCUCAGCUCAUAGAUGAAACACCACAGAAACAGAAAGAAAAAAAGAUCGUUCAGCCUACCAGCUGUUUCUUUCUUCAAGGUUUGUUAGCCGGAAUAAUUUUAUUUUAGUUUAUUUCACAGUUCAAGUUUUGUUUUGAACGUCACAUCAUAUCUCUCUUGAAAGCCUAAAGGUUCGUAUCUUUGAUGAAAUAAGAUGCAGUUACUCUAAUAAAAAACACAUCAUCUUAAGUUUAAUGUACGAACUUUUCAAGAAAACAGCGUACAAAAUUUGUUCUUUUACUGAAUAAUGGAGCGCUAAACACAUUAAAUAUUGUGGGAUAGAUUCGCGCUGAAAUCAUCCUCAAUUAUCUUAAUACGGGGCUCUUUCUUAAUUUUUUGGGAAAGUUGAUAGGCAACUAUGCAAAUGAAAUUUUAUUCCCUGUAUUUCAGCGCUGAAUAUUUUUAUUCUCCGAGGGUUAGUUAUUGAGCAGCAUCUUUACACUUUUUAAUUUCCCCCUCAAUUGAAGUUUAGCGCGAACAAAUCGGCACGAUUAUAAAUUACAUGAUUAAACAAAGUUCUCUGCUGAGUUUUAAACGAACUAAUGCCAUCACAUCCAUCGUAAAGGGAAAGGGGAAGUCGGCUAACGAAAUGUAAGGCUUCUCGCAUUUUUAUCAGAAUUCACCGCGCUAAAAUAACUAUUGAGUGUGGAAAAGCUGUCUCUGGUUAAUUUGGUAUUUCUGACGCGAUAUCAAAUUUAUCGCACGCACUUCAAAGAUUAUACGUAUAGUUUUAGGCUUGAAAUUGAGCUGGUAGUGCUUAUUGCAGAAUUAUAAAUUAAAACUUUUAAAAUCUUUUUGUUUCUUCAAAUUUUAUGCAACUCAUCAUUAUGCUAUUUUGGCUAUAUAAGCGUUUGUUAUUAUCUAUAUUUUCGCUAGUUAUCCGUUUAAAUUUUAUAUCAUGUAAAUCAUAUAUCUUUUAACAGUAGCCACAAACGUACGUCGUAAAAAUAAAUCUAUCAAAUUGUUAUGUUGUUAUUGAUUACGUGACCACAAAGGAUUUUGUUUGCUUUUGGAUUGCUUAAUUACUUACGUAGCUAUUGAAUAUUUGAAUUAGAUGUCGUGUUAAUGUAAAUGCAAACGCCCGGAAGCUUCAUGUAUUUUUACAUUACACUUAAACUCACUUCAACGCUUGCGAAAAACCCCUCUAACUUCUGUGACUUCAUUUGAGGUCCUCUCGUAAGAGGACCUCUUCAGUGGCUUAACAUUCUUGCGAAAACAAUUUUUUUGGCUCUGAAAAUGAGAAUCUGUAACGUGUAAAGGAUUACAGUUGCUCAUGAUAUUCUUUUCGAUGCUGUUUCUCGCCUCUAAAAAUUCGACAAUCCAACUACUUUACCAUUCGUUUUACUCUUUUUUCCAGAAAACCUUUUUUUUAUUUGAUCAUUAUGAAGAGCUGUUCUGUAAGUUUGAUACAACCAUUCAACAUCAUUCAUCUUAAUCAUACAUAAUUUCUGCUCGUUGAUUUUACAGCUCAGUAUUAGAUUGUACUAACCUUACAUGCACAGAACCUUAGGGCCUCGUGCUAGUUUACUGCAGGUUACUCUUGGAAUCAUCACGUUUGCCGGUCAGUUCGCCAGUUCUCACUCAAAUUCCUUGGCGGGAAUAGGUAAGGCGAGAGUGAAAUGUCUCUCCCAAGAACACAACAUAAUGACUCUACCAGGUGUCGUAUCCAGACUUCUUGCACCGGAAUCCAAUCCUCUCGUCUCCCCCUGCUAAACGACAGGGGGCUUUAACGUUAAAGCAGGCAAUUAUUCUCAAAACUUAAAAUCGAUUAUUGAUUUGCAUUUCUGCACCAACAGAGUCAAAAAGUCAAUGACUCAUUGGAUGCGAACUCAAACGAAGAGGGAGGCUUGGAGUAUUCAGGUCAAACAGAGAGGUACAAGUUAUGCGUCGUUGGCGACAGUGAGUGCGGAAAGACGAGUCUGCUGAAUGCACUCGUUAGAAGUGAUUUUGAAGUAAGUACUGCUAUGCAGUGAUGCAUUUUUUCUGAAUUUCAACAUCUUUCUCUUCAGUUUCUGCUCUAUUCUUCACAGGGGGCCGGAAUUAAUGAAUAAAUAGAAAAUCUUAUGGUGCAACCAACUGAUCGACCGAGCCAUUCACUGACUGACUGUUUGACUGACUGAGAGGAGGGCAGGUUGGCAGACUGACCAAGUGGCUGGCUAGUAAACUAAGUCACUGACUUACCAAGUGAUUACCUGGCGAGAUGACUGGCAGACCGACUUUCUGACUGACUGACGGGCAGACUGACCGAAUGGCUGGCUGACUGACUGACAAACUGACCGACUCUCUGACUAACUGAGUGGCUAGCUGACAGUUUGACUGACUAUCUGACCCACUUUGUAGCAGACUUGCUUGCCAAUCAAUUGAUUUAUCGAUGGCUACUGUUAAGUUAUCCUCCUUUUUCUAUUUCGCCGGGUUAUGACCAUUAUGUACUGUACUCGACGGUUCUUUCCUAAAAUUUUGUGUUUUGCCUCCAAAACAGGCAGAAGAAUCUUGCAUUUUUGGCGAAUGCGUGGCAGAUAUCACGACAGAAGAAAAUAGAAUAGAAGUUAUGCUUUGGGAAAUAUCAGGUACGAAUUCCCAGGGUUCUCCUUAUCAGGCGGUAACCGGUAAAAUUUACCGCUUGUAAGAGCACCUAUUACCGCCUGCAAACGCUCAGAACCCUUUUAAAAUACGCAUUUAUGGUGUGGUAAGAAAGUGUAAUAACAAGCCAACAGUGUGCACUAUUAUAGAUCUACGUGUGUUUUAGUUAGCUAAUACUGACUGUUACCUUUCGAAUUUCGAAGCAAGAGUGAUUUUUCGCGGGCUUUCUGCUAAAUCUCAUGACAUUUGUCAGUUCUCUGCAAAUGUGGUGUCGUUUAGUUUUUCAGUUUCCACGAUGAAACGGCAGUAAAUAAUGCUGUCGUUUCUGUCCAGUGACAAGAGGUCACGAAGAGUGGCUGGUAAGCUUUACAAGAAUUUUAGGGGUAAACAAAACAAAGGUUACGUAAUAGCGAUGGAAAGGCAGUCAAUUGCCAGAAAUAACCGCCUUGACAGCUCUACAAUUGCCGGCUGUAUAACGAACACGUGGGGACAAAGCUAGUCUUCAUCGUGAAAUUCUACUUGAAAUGUAUUUAAGACAACAGUUUGAAAGAAGCCUUGAAAAUAAAAUCUCUCGACAGCGUAAAAGUUCUGAAUUUGAGACGAUUAGAAUACGAAUUCAGCUAUUUGAUGCGAUUCGAUUUCAUAGCGAUGCGAUUCGUAGCUGGCACCGCUGAUUUCCCAGUGAUAUGCCAUGUAAGUGACGCCAGAGAUAUCACCCGAAAUCGAAGGGAGACCAUUUUACGUUAUAAGCAGUUUGGAAAGAGCAUAGUCAAAUAUAAUGCUUUUAAACAAAAUUUUACUUUGUUUUGUUCAACCUCUGAACCUAAAGGUGUAUCGUUCACAUUAUGAAUUUUUCGGUGGAGAAUUUUUGAUAGGCGCGAUGUACUGUACGCUCUAGGAAAUGACAAAGUUAAGAAUGACCAGCCGCCUGAAGCUGCAAAUGUGCUUAACUGGUUUGAAAAGGUCCCUUACCUGUUGCGCUGAAAACAAGGGAGAUCCCUGAAUUCCACGAAGAAAUACGAAACUUGAAUGAACUACCAGCCUUCUCUCUUACCAAUAGACCUUUGCCAAGUGAGGGCAAAAAGGCAAAAAGAAAUUCAUACCAAAGGGAAAAAAGUACUACUUCUCAGUACUGUUUUUUCUUUUUUUUUUUUAAAUUUCUUUUUUGCUUGUGUCCUAUAGUUAACCUCCAUCCACAGGGACCUGAAACGGGUGAAUACAAAAGAAGAUAAUGGGAAAUUAUUUUCUCUUGGUCUAUAAACUUUUUUGUUUCAAUACAGUUUUGUUAAUCUUACAAAUGAUGUCUUUUUAUCUCCCAUCAGGUCUAGAGGACUUUGAUAGCAUCAGAAAGGAGAUGUAUCGUGACUCUGACGUCAUUCUCAUUUGUUUUGAUAUUGGUCAUCCCCCAUCAUUAACAAGCGUCGUUGAGAAGGUACUCAGUGUCUUAUUUAAUCAUAAACUUGCAAUGGCCAAACACGUUAUUUUAUUUCCUAGUAUCUUUUUUUUUUUUACCUUAACAGUGGGUCCCCGAGAUCAGUAACGCAUGCCCAGGAGUUCCCUACUUGUUGAUUGGCUGUAAGAAUGACUUGCGCACUGACGCGGCUCUGCAGCUCUAUCUAACCGUACCGGGUCAGGAGUCUGAGGAGAGUGACAGCAUCAACAGACUCCAGGUAAGUCACAUUGUCAGCGGAGAACACUCCACUUGCGGCUGCAGUCCACAUCUCACAAACGUUGUGCCCAGGUUCCCUGAUAUCUCUUGAUGACAACGUUUAUGAUUUGAACGAGUCAGACCUCACACUUCUUUUGUCUUUAAAAUGACUCUUGAGAUGACUAUCGUUUUUCUCUUCAGGCUAUUUCAGUGGCACAGUCUAUCGCCGCACGUGAUUAUGUAGAAUGCUGCGCCAAAACACGCUGGAAUGUUCAAGAGGUGUUCAAGAGUGCUGCCGUUGCUAUUCUGCACAAGGACGACGAGAAAGCUCCGGAAGAUACAAACAAAUCUCAAUCGGUACUUCGAAGAUUUUCGUGGUUCCAUCGGAGAUCUUUGGGAUCUGAUGUAAAUGACUGCAACACCGUUGCUCGUUCAGUUUCAGGUAGUCGGCGACGUUCCCUGUUUUCAACAAGCUAACAGGGAAGUUCUCGACUUAAAGAUCCUGAUGCAUUGUUCGAGUCAUUUGGGAAGGUCAUCUUUUUUCUUUGCGUCAUCCAGGAAAAGUGGAUAACGUCGCUUCAAAUUUUGAAGUCGUUGAUUUCUCAAAUGAAUCAUUUUGAAACCCAGAGUUCUAUGAUUUCCAGACGGUAGGAUAUCAAUAGUUAAAGAAGACUCAGUUUAUUUAUAGUUAAAGUCAGAAUCGCAACAAUAUUCAUGUAAACAGUAAGGUCAAUAUGGCUUGAUCCAGCUUGCAGUAUUUCUCUUCUUCGACUUUCGUAUGUGAUUUUGGUAUAAGAUAAUGGAAGUGUUUUGAGCGCCACUGUGAUUUGCCAACCGAAGAUGUCUGCAUCAAAAGUUUCGUCAUUUUUGAACUGAUUUGACUUUAUGAUAUUGCCGCUUACAGAAUGAGUCUAUUUCGAUUAAAAGGAGCUAAUUCGCUUUGAAAUUAAAUUAUAAAUUAUAUUAAAUUAUUAGUUUCAAACCAUGUACGAUUUUUGAUAGGUGUAUGGCUUAACUGAAAAUAGGACUUUCGUUUAUUGACAGUUUAGUAAAUUGGAAUUAGGUCGUUUAUCUAAAAGAAUACUCUGUUGUACCAAUAUUUCAUUUGAGGGAAAAGGUUUCAGUGUAUUUUGGAUAUGUAUAGCAUACAUUUUUCGAUACUUUUAGAACAGC